UAGCUGCCUGGAGCAGCUGUCGAAACCCAUUUAUGGUCAUGCCUAAAAUCUGCAGUAUUUCCUGUGAUGUUUCCAUACAGCUUUAUUUCCAGCAAAAAAUCCAGCAACAGAUUUAUAUAGAGAAAAGCUUAAUCCAGCAUUUUAUGAAAAAUAUUUAAAUGGUUGAGAUUUACGUUGAAAUAAGUGAGGAUUUAUUUUGCAAUACAAAUAGUGUUCAGAUUAGUUAAACAUAAAGAGUUUAUUUUGUGCCGUUCACGAUGAUCGUCAUUGAGAACGUGGGGCCUGCAGCCUCGGUGAAGGUGAGAAGCGAGUGGGUGAGGAAGAUAAAGUGGGGUGUCCUGUUAGGGCUGAUGGUCCUUAUCUAUGGCUCUCAUGCGCCUCUCAUCACACUCACCAAAGUCGAAGGUCAAGUCCCUUUCAGCCCGUCCUCGUGUGUCGUAAUGAUCGAGUUAGCUAAACUCCUCAUCUCUCUGGCCACCCUUGUGAUAACUGGCGGUACGCCGGCGCUGCAUUCACCUCCGCGCUUCGUGCACGUGGCUCCCUACGCCGUCCCCGCCGUACUCUACGCCCUCAACAACAACCUGGUUGUCCUCAUGCAGGCGUACAUGGAUCCAAGCUCAUACCAAGUGCUCUCGAAUCUCAAAAUUGCCUGCACUGCUCUGCUGUACUCGCUCUGUCUGGGCAGGAGGCUCCGGCCCGCUCAGUGGCUCGCCCUGGGGCUCCUCAUGUUCGCGGGGGUGUGCCACAGCUACAGCAGCCUCGAUCUAGAGGACAGUGAGAAUGCAGAGGAAGGUCCCAGGCUUCAUAUCACAUUGUGGGGGCUUUUCCUGCUGCUGCUGUACUGCUUCGUUUCCGGACUGGCAGCAGUUUACACAGAAAUGGUGCUGAAGAGCCAGAGGCUGCCGCUCAGCCUGCAGAAUCUCUACCUCUACAUGUUCGGGGUGGCCGUCAAUUUGCUGUGCAGUUUAUCCUCUCUAGCCAGUGACAAGAGCUUUUUGGAGGGCUACUCAGGAGCGGUGUGGGUCAUCAUAGCAGGCCAAGCAGCUAAUGGACUUCUGAUGUCUGUGGUCCUGAAGCACGGCAGCGGGAUCACCAGGCUCUUUGUCAUUUCCUGCUCCAUGCUGGUCAAUGCUCUGCUGUCUUGGGCUGUUUUAGGUUUGCAGCUCACUCCGUUCUUCCUUUUACCUGUUGUUAUCAUUGGUCUGGCAGCUUACCUUUAUUACAGAUAGUGAAGUUUCCCAAAAAUAAAGAACAGAGCUCAUUUAACUCCAGCAGAGCGCUCAUUAUUCUGCCAGGUAUUAUUUUAUCUCCUGAGAUUUUCAGAAGUGUUUCUUUUUUUGUUUGUUUGUUUUGGGUUGGGGUUUUUUUUUCCACAUUUUAUUUAUCUGCCUUCUGAAAUCUAAAGUUUUAAAUCUUUUGUUCCUUUGAGAAUCUGAGAAGAGCGUUGAUGGUCUUGAGAAGCGAUUCCCAGUUUUGAAUAAAAAAUAAAAAUCAGAGCCGUUCUGUUUGACACUGUUGCAGUAAAUUAUUAUUCUUAUGCAGGUAGAUAAUAUAUGUAAAGAUAAACAUUUCUGAAGUGCUGCUUUCGUGUUGUUUUCACAGUUUUGUGUCUCAUCCUCUGCCAGCAACGUAAUAAAAUGUUACACAGCAUGUUAUAGACCAUUAAAAUGUCAAACAUCUAUCUAUCUGAAUUUUAUUUCAUAAAUUCCACAUCCAGUUCAUACAUCGACUUCUAUCAUGUGUUCAUUGUUGCUGGGAUUUCCGGUCGGCCAUCGGAUCGCCUCUGACAGCCAGAGCAUCCUUUAACUCUCCAAGUGCUGUGAAAGGAUAAAAGAACUGUGAAAUAAAUACACCUGUCAGUAAUGUGAUCGUCACAUGUUGUGUAAAUGUACGCUGACCUUUACAGAGUUGUUUAUUGUCGG